AUGGCCCCCGUUGGAGUGCUUUUGUGGCGCUCCCUCAAGGCUUACCAGGUCUUUGGUGCCAACACCGACGUUGGCAAAACUAUCUUUACUACAUUGCUGUGCAAUGCCAGCCGGAGAUUCCGACCUGAUGAACAAAUCUCUUUUCUAAAGCCGGUUUCCACCGGUUCAGUAGACGAGGCGGAUGACGGCCAUAUCAAGAAGUUUGCUUCGCAGACCUCGACAAAAACCCUAUUUCAGUUUGAAGAUCCCGUUAGUCCCCAUCUUGCCGCUACGAUAUCAAAGCAGUCCACUCCCGCCGAUCAUGUCGUCCUCGAGACAAUCCGCCAUCAUGCCGCAAGUCGCGCCUUAGACGGCCCUGGCUGGUUAUUCCUCGAAACAGCCGGCGGUGUUCAUUCCCCGGGUCCUUCAGGAACCACACAAGCCGAUCUCUACGCGCCACUUCGGUUACCCGUCGUCCUCAUUGGCGACUCCAAGCUCGGAGGUAUUUCGCAAACCAUCUCAGCAUUCGAGUCGUUACGGAUCCGCGGCUACGACAUCGAAUCUGUAUUGCUUUUUGAGAACGGCCACUACGACAACCAUUCGUAUCUUUCUGAGUACUUUGCCGGCGAACAUGGAAUCUCCGUGGAGGCUUUCCUACCUCCACCGCUCAGAGUAUCGGAUAGGGAUUCAGACAUCGCUGCUAUGAUCGAGUACUACGAGAAAGCAAGCUCUACGGAAAAGGCCCGCUCCGUCGUCGACAAUCUCGAAAGCCGUCACAAAGACCGGAUCUCACGCAUCGAGGCGAUGGCGAGCGAGGCUUACGACACGAUAUGGUACCCGUUUACUCAACACGGUCGUCUCUCGCCUUCGCGCAUUACAACAAUAACCUCCGCCCAUGGCGACUACUUCCAGACUCUUGUACCCAACAGCUCCAGUAACCCGUCAAGCCAGUCGUUAUUGCAACCUACAUUCGAUGGUUCCGCUUCUUGGUGGACGCAAGGCCUCGGUCACGCCAAUCCAAAGCUCACGCUUGCAGCCUCGUACGCCGCCGGUCGGUACGGACACGUCAUGUUUGCCGAAACGAUCCACGAACCCGCGCUCGAGCUCGCGAAAACGCUUCUGGAGACCAUGAACAAUCCCAGGUUCUCGAGGGUCUUUUACUCGGAUAACGGAAGUACGGGCAUGGAAGUCGCCGUGAAGAUGGCGCUACGAGCCACGCGAGAGAGGUACAACUUGGAAUCUGGCGACAAACUCCACGUCCUUGGUUUGAGGGGUAGCUAUCAUGGUGACACGAUGGGCGCCAUGGAUUCGACUGAGCCUUCUGUGUAUAACGAAAAGGUGGAGUGGUACGACGGAAAGGGUUAUUGGUUCGACUAUCCCACCGUGAUAUGUGACAAUGGUAGCUGGCAGGUGCAAGUGCCGAGGUCCCUCGAAGGACAUCUGGGAGCAACCCAGGAGUAUGGCUCAAUGUCGGAGAUCUUUGACAUUAAUCGACGAAGGCAGUCUGAAGUAUACCGAAGCUAUGAGAGCUACAUCCGUACCUCUCUGGAGAGGCUGGUUAGAGAGGGACGUAGAUUUGGUGCGCUCGUGAUGGAGCCAUUGGUUCUUGGCGCCGGGGGGAUGAUUAUGGUGGAUCCUCUCUUCCAACGGGCAUUCGUCGACGUGGUUCGAAACUCGGCCGAUAUCUUCAGCGAAGGAGGUCCGACUUCCGAGGACCCAGACCCUCAAGCCUGGACGGGCCUUCCAGUCAUCUUCGACGAAGUUUUCACGGGCCUCACUCGCCUUGGUCCGCUCUCGAGCUCCUCGUUUCUCGGUGUCGGCCCCGAUAUAUCUGUCCACGCUAAGCUAUUGACCGGUGGAUUGGUCCCUCUAUGCGCUACGCUCGCCUCGACAAGCAUUUUCAAGGCAUUCGAGAGCACUGACAAGACCGACGCGCUUCUCCACGGCCAUAGUUAUACCGCGCAUCCUAUCGGGUGUCAGGUCGCACUGGAGUCCGUAAAAGAGCUGCGGAGGAUCGAAGAGGGGAGUACCUGGGACUGGGCGAAGCAAUCAUGGAAGGAGGCCUCGGGGCAAGCCUCCAAGAAAGGACAGAGUGGACAUCGCCAACCGGUGGUCUGGUCCGCCUGGUCCGAGAGUUUUGUCAGCGAGGUUUCCAAGCAACCUCAAGUAUCUGGAGUUUGGGCCCUCGGCUCGGUGCUCGCGAUAUACAUGAAGGAUGCCGUAUCGGGAUAUACCAGCAACUCUGCGGCUAGAGUACAAGAGGCGUUGUCGAAGGGAGUUUCUUCGAGUGGAGAUGGCUCCUGGAACGUUCAUAGCAGGGUGCUGGGGAAUGUUUUGUACAUGAUGGCGAGCCAGACCACGAAGCGAGAGGACAUUGAACGCCUCGAAGGGUUGCUUAGAAAAGCAAUUGAGUAA